AUGAGAACUCAUCUUCCUUCGUAUUUUAUCGAGUCAUUAGCACAAUUAAUCCAAUCACAAACCAAAUUACGUGCAUUAUCACUUAAUCGAUUUUGGAAUAUGUCAUCAUCAGCAACAAUUUUUACUGCUAUGCUAAAACAAGCAGAAUCACUAAUUUAUCUUCGUUUCACACCAAAAAAUGAAUAUUAUGAUUUAAUUAACGUUCUAAAAUGUUGUACCAAUUUAGAAACUCUAGAACUAUUGGAUCUUUCGCCAACGAAAGACAGCGAUAUUGAUGACAAAAGCACUGAUACUCAAUAUGUGUACAGAGAAUCUAAAAAUAUUAACAUUAGAAAGUGCAAUACCGGCGUUAAUGGACCUCAUCGGCGAGUAUUGUAG